GGAAAAUCAAACUAAAACUGGAACCUUAUGUUUUAACUGUAAGCAAAAACAGAGAAAAGAAUUAGAAAGCGAGUUAGAGAGAUUACAAGAAGAACAAAGUGCAGAUAAGGAAGAAAUGGAGAGAUUGAAGAAUUUGAUAGAGAAUAUUGUCACCAAGGGUAAGAAAUAUGCAGUGCGAUUAGUUGUUUAUGAGCCUGAGACAGGUGCAGUCGAAGAAAUUUUAAAAACUAUAAGAUUUCCUAAUUGGAAUCCGCUUUCAGGAUACAACAAUUUAUUCGAAACUCAAACUAAGAUAAAUGAAAUUAAAGAAAAACUUAAUAGCGAGCAUCCGAUACUAGCAGUAUCUGAGAACAGUUCAUUCCCCCUCAAAGUUAUCCAUAAAUUUUCUCUUCCAGCUAACAUUAAUCCUGAAGAACACUUGAGGCCAUUAGAUAUAGUUUGGAGAAAAAUGGCUGAUGGAUUUAAUUAUCAUGCUGCCAUUUAUUUGGGUAAUAACCAAGUGGCUCAUAUUUCGUCUGAUUCAACAAUGUUAACUGAUGAAAAAAAGUUAAAAAAUAAAUUAGCCGCAAGAAUUGAUGAUUGA